CUAAUCACGUGGUUUAUCGAUUGCCGUCUGUCACUUACAAAGCGCUGAAAGUUACGGAUUGCAUUUGCAUCGCUUUUGUCCGCACGCGAAUGAUCGCUCGUGUCACGUCGAGUGAGUUCUCGUACACUUGUCCGCGGGGUCCGCGCGCGCCAGAGGUUCAUUUCCGCGGCUGUAACGCCCGUCUUGCGUUACGCACCCUCGGCACGGCAUAAAUUUGGAGGUUACAUCGUAUCCGACUCCGUUCCGUGCGCACACGCUAAUAAUAUACAUCGAUUGUGUGUAUGUGUUUCGUGCGAAUAUUUCGAUUGCAUUUAUACGGUACGUGAAUGGCUACACGCUGCACGCAUGUGUGGGUGUAAUUCUUAGCCUUGAGGUGUAGUGCACAAGUUUCCCGUGUAAACACGCGUUUCGGGGAAAAAAGCAGUUACAAGUGUUUUAUCAGGAAAUAUAAAGAUGCUCUCUAACUCUUUGAGUCUGACAGUGUGGCGGUGCGUGGUCUGAAUGCUUGGGGCAUCGAGCGAUGUGGAUUAGUACAACUCACCGUUGUACCUUUUCCAUGGAUCAAUUGUUUCAUGAUCUUAUAAACGAGUGCAAGUACCAGGCACCGGGAGCGCAGCUGACUUAUGCACUGAGAAAUCAAUUGGAGAAGUACAAGCAGGAGGAGCGGAAGGAGAUUGUCUCCCGUAUGAAAGAUGGUUGCGCCCCUUUGUUCAUCGCCUGCAAGAGGGGCCAUGUGGAUAUCGUCGAAUACCUUAUACAGACGUGUGACGCGGACAUUGAACAAAGAGGAAAGUACGAAGUGCCCGAUGACAGGUCCGUACACUGUGUCACCCCGUUAUGGUGCGCUGCAGUUUCCGGCAAUCUGGAAGUUAUAAAAUGUCUUAUAUCCCAUGGAGCUGAUAUCAAUGCGGUCUCCGACUCUGGAUCUACUCCUGUUAGGUCUGCGUGCUUCAUGACACAUAUGGAUAUUGUCUCUUAUCUGGUAGAAAAAGGUGCCGAUAUACUAAAGGCGAAUUAUAACGGCGGGACAUGCUUGAUAAAUUCCGUGCAGAGCGUGGAGUUGUGCACUUUCCUCUUGGAGCAUGGCGCGGACGUGAACGCCACGGAUAUUCAGAACAAAACUGCCUUGCAUUACGCUAUUCAGGAACACAGAUUUCAUACUACCAAGUUACUUCUAGAGCAUAACGCGGAUCCUCAUCUCAGGUCUCGAUACAAUGACGAUGCCCUCCAGACUGCCUGCCUUAAAGGGGCCAUUCAGAUAUUCGAAUACUUAGUGGAAAAGGUGUCGUAUCCCCCGGAAAGAUUGGCAGACGCGAACGAGCUGAUGGGAUCUACGUUCUUCGACGAUCACAACGAUACACACAUGACGCUGCAAUUCUGGCGGGCGGCGACGGCGAUCAGGCUCGUGAACUCGGUCAACGAGACGCCCCUGCCGAAGAGGCCGGUCCUGCCGAAACGCGAGGCGUACAAAAACGCCACGGAAUUCUCGGCGAUGGAGGAGCUGAAUUCCAUUUCGCACGACGUGGACGCGUUGAGAAUACAGAGCCUGCUGAUAUGCGAGAGGAUACUGGGCGCGCACCACAAGGACACUCUGUUCCGAUUGAUGUUCAGGGGUGCAUCGUACGCGGACGCAUUGAGAUACCAAAACUGCAUCGAUCUGUGGCACCGGGCGCUGGAAAUUCGAGUCGAGAAAGAUUCGAUUCUGUAUGCCGACACCUGCUUCACCGCGCAGGCCCUGCUGCGGCUUAUGGUCGACCUAAAUGAAAAACGCUUGGACGUGAUGAUUCAUAAUCAGGAGAAACAGCAGCCGAGAUUCUGCGAUGUCGUAGCGAUAUUUAAAUUGCUCUCCAGUCAACUGACGGAGGCGAGGGAGCUGCUAGAGAAACGCCCGGUACACAAGAGACAAAAAGAUAGUUACGAGCGUAUUCUGAAAUGCGUGACGCAUCUGAUUUACCUGUUAGUAGAGACGGUGAGCUCGGACGAUGAGAAAGCCGUAAUGUAUCAGAUAGUCUGCGCUUUGGUGAAACAAAAUCCUAGAUCCAUUUACACGGAGGACACGCUUCUUCACCUUUGCGUUUCUAGCUUAAAUACCAUUAAUUCUACUUAUUUUACCUCUAUCGACGACAUCCAUACAAUCUUUCCGCAUCUGGACGUUGUUAAGUUGCUGCUGGAUUGCGGGGCGUCCGUUGACGACAGAAACAUACUGCGGUCGACGCCUUUGCACAUAGCGAGCAGCGCAUACAAUUUCCAAAAUGCUCUGAUACAAUUGUUAUUGGAUUAUGGCGCGCAUUUAGAUACGCCAAAUAGGACGGGAGACACACCAGCGCGACUGAUAUGCGCUAAUCCACUAAAUAAUAUAGCCGUCGUUAAGCAUAUUAGCCUUCAGUGUCAAGCCGCGCAGGCUAUCUGUAAAUAUGGAAUCUGUACUAAAGAGCUGCCUAUCACGUUAAGCGAUUUUCUAGAUCUUCAUAGAGACUAAUACUAACAACAAAUAAGAGUAAUAAUAUAUACGUAAUAAAUAAUAAUAUAAAAGUAAUAAUUAUAUAUAUAUAUAUAUAUAUUUUCGAAUGUGCGUAUACCGAGAGCAAUCUUACAACGUAUUUUGUCAUAAUUCCAAAAUGUAUGACAAUAUCAAAAAUGUCAUGUGUAAUAACGAGCUGUAUUAACCCUCAAGUAGGCGCACGGAGUCGGAGCAAGACUGACUUUAAGUAACUAAGCGAGUAGGAAAAUUUUUUUGUUAAAGAAAAUUUAUUUUUUUUUUGUUAAAAUAAUAAACUUUAAUGAUCAAACUGCAUUAUUUGUGUGUUUUUGAAUACUUGUUGGUUUACUUGAAUUUCAAAGAAGAGAAUAGGGUCACUGGGUCACCCCAUGCACUUGUGUGAUUUUGCCAGUGCGCCUGCUUAAGGGUUAAUCGAGAGUUGGUAUACUAAUUUCACGUAAAUCAUAGAUGAGACAUAUGCAGCAUGAAGUAGUAAAAUUUAUACUUGUGCCAGAGUAGGCAUUGAGUAUAAAGAAAGUACUAUUUUUAGAACGCUAACUCCUACCAGGUAUGCUCUAAAUUGUAAAAAUGCAACGGCACGCAGGCUUAAGAUAUAUCAAAACGAAAAGACUGAAUAAGAAGAAAUGCUUCUGCAAAAGCUGAUUUCCUUCGAUUAGACACCGCGCAAUGUGCAAAAUAUUAUUUUCCACGUUCUGCUCGCCAAUUCGCAUGAUUUGAUUGAGUACCGAGAAUUUUUGCUAUCUUCAAGUCACGUGAGGUAUUGCAAAGUGAAUGCUAAAGGGAAAUUCAUAGUUUAAAAUCGUUAUGCACACUGUGCUCUAUGCAAAAUGUAAAGGAACGAAGAAACCAUACCGAUAUAUGUUACGGUUUUAUAUCGGUGUCUUUCUAGCUUCUGUGGAAAUACCGUGGACCUCUGGAUCCUUUAAAAGAUAUAAAAGAUAAUAUGUUGGAGCGAAACGUCAUCUACAGUAAUCUUAUUUUAAUUAAAUUAAUUAAAUUAUUUAUAUUAGAAAGAGAUUUAUUGCAAAAAAAUAGAGAAAAUGACUAUUGUUACAUGUGGUGCUUUUUUGUGUUGUAAAUACAUAUCUGUCUGACGACAAGGCUCUGUUCCAUUGAUUUUCAAUGGGGUAUGAUUCAGUGGUUCCAUUCCUCUAGCUAGUGAUAUAGGAAUUAUAAAUAGAGAGAGAGUGCCUUUAUACUUUAUAUUUUAAUGUCACUGAAUGUUUUCUCGUGAUUUUGCAUGUUGUGAAUGGACGCUACAUCUAUAUAAAUGUCAGUCGCGUGCGCAAAUCCGGAUGCAACGUAAGGUUUUGCAAUACCCCUAAUCACACCUGAGUCUUUCACGUUCAAUUUCCGCUCUUUUUCUCGGAUUUCUGUAAAUGUGUAAAAUAUAGACCUCUUACC